AUGGAGGCCAUCAAGAAGAAGAUGAUGAUGCUGAAGCUGGAUAAGGAGAAUGCCCUGGACCAAGCAGAACAGGCCGAGACGGACAGGAAGGCGGCGGAGGAGAGGAGCAAACAGCAUGAAGAUGAGCUGAUCCAGAUGCAGAAGAAACUCAAAGGAACAGAAGAUGAGUUGGAUAAGUACUCAGAGGCUCUGAAAGAUGCUCAAGAGAAACUGGAGAUUUCAGAGAAGAAAGCUGCUGAUGCUGAAGCAGAGGUGGCCUCUCUGAACAGACGUAUCCAGCUGGUUGAGGAGGAGUUGGACAGAGCACAGGAGAGGCUGGCCACCGCACUGCAGAAACUGGAGGAGGCUGAGAAGGCAGCAGAUGAGAGCGAGAGAGGGAUGAAGGUGAUUGAGAACAGGGCUCUGAAGGAUGAGGAGAAAAUGGAGCUGCAGGAGAUCCAGCUGAAGGAGGCCAAGCACAUUGCUGAGGAGGCUGACCGCAAGUAUGAAGAGGUGGCUCGUAAGCUGGUCAUUGUGGAGGGUGAACUGGAACGCACAGAGGAGAGGGCAGAACUGGCUGAGGCUAAAUGCGCUGAGCUGGAGGAAGAGCUUAAAAAUGUCACCAACAACCUGAAGAGUCUGGAGGCCCAGGCUGAGAAGUACUCCCAGAAAGAGGACAAGUAUGAGGAGGAGAUCAAGAUCCUGACUGAUAAACUCAAAGAGGCUGAGACUAGGGCUGAGUUUGCUGAGAGAUCUGUAGCCAAGCUGGAGAAGACCAUUGAUGAUCUGGAAGAUGAGCUGUAUGCUCAGAAACUCAAGUAUAAGGCCAUCAGUGAAGAGCUGGACCACGCCCUCAACGACAUGACCUCUAUGUAA